AUGGGUCAAGCUAAGAAAGAGAAACAGAGAAGAAUUCGUGAAGGUAAUGUCAAAGAUGGUAACCUUAGAGUAAAAGGUGAGAAUUUUUACAGAGAUGGUAAAAGGGUUCAAUUCUUGAACAUGUACACUGGUGGUAAAGCUGUUCGUAAUGCUAAAGGUGAUAUAAUUAAAGCAGCAGAUUAUCAAGAUUCUGCUGUUCCUGAUGCACGUGUGGCUCCAGAUCGUAGAUGGUUUGGUAAUACUAGAGUCAUUUCUCAAGAUGCAUUACAAAACUUCAGAGAUGCUCUAGGAGAAACACAAAAGGACACUUAUCAAGUGUUAUUAAGAAGAAAUAAGUUACCAAUGUCUUUGUUGGAAGAAAAAGAUUCUACCGAAUCUCCAGUAGCUAAAAUUCUAGAUACUGAAAGUUUUGAAAAAACUUUUGGUCCUAAAUCUCAAAGAAAAAAACCAAGAUUAGCUGCCUCCAGUCUAGAAGAUAUAGUUCAAUCUUCUGAAUCUGAUCAUAAAGUUUAUGAAGAAAAGCAAGAACUAAGCACAACAUUAGGUUUGAUGGGUAGACAAAUGGAUGAAGAAGAAGGUUGGACUCAAGCAGCUAAAGAACAUAUUUUCAGCAAAGGCCAAUCAAAACGUAUUUGGAACGAAUUGUACAAAGUUAUUGAUUCUUCUGAUGUUGUUAUUCAUGUUCUUGAUGCAAGAGAUCCACUUGGGACAAGAUGUAAAUCGGUUGAAGAAUAUAUGACCAAAGAAACCCCUCAUAAACAUUUGAUUUUUGUUUUAAACAAAUGUGAUUUAGUACCAACAUGGGUAGCAGCAGCAUGGGUAAAACAUUUAUCUAAAGAUCGUCCUACAUUAGCAUUCCAUGCCUCAAUCACCAAUUCAUUUGGUAAAGGUUCAUUAAUUCAAUUGUUACGUCAAUUUUCUCAAUUACACACUGAUAGAAAGCAAAUUUCAGUUGGUUUUAUCGGUUAUCCAAACACUGGUAAAUCUUCGAUUAUUAACACAUUAAGAAAAAAGAAAGUUUGUCCAGUUGCUCCAAUUCCAGGUGAGACAAAGGUUUGGCAAUAUAUCACAUUGAUGAAAAGAAUAUUUUUAAUCGAUUGUCCAGGUAUUGUUCCUCCAUCUGCUAAGGAUAGUGAAGAAGAUAUUCUAUUUAGAGGUGUAGUCAGAGUUGAACAUGUUUCACAUCCAGAACAAUUUAUUGCUGGUGUUUUGAAGCGUUGUCAAAAGAAAUAUUUGGAAAGAACGUAUGAAAUUUCUGGAUGGAAAGAUGAUGUUGAAUUUAUUGAAAUGCUAGCAAGAAAACAGGGUAGACUACUGAAAGGUGGUGAACCUGACGAAUCUGGUGUUUCGAAACAAAUCUUAAAUGACUUUAAUAGAGGUAAAAUACCGUGGUUUGUACCUCCUCCUGAAAAGGAACAAAGGGAAGAAACAAGCGGUAAAAAAUCUGAACAAUCUGAAGUCAAGAUAGGUGACAAAAGAAAAGCAUCAACCGAAGAGUAA